CCGUUCCAACCAGCGUGUGUUUCCACAAGUCUCAUUACAUUUUACCAUUGGCAGAGCUUCCACAGCAGCCACUCUUACAAGCACAGAUUCGAGUUCUGUUCGGUACUCCUUUGGAUAUAUCCAGCUAUGGAUAUGGACAGUGCCAGUUCUGUGGUGCUGCAGGCCUUAACCCAAGCUACCAGUCAGGACACGGCAGUACUGAAGCCUGCAGAGGAGCAACUCCGACAGUGGGAGACCCAGCCAGGCUUCUAUUCAGUUCUUCUGAAUAUCUUCAAUAACCACAUGCUGGCUGUGAACGUCAGGUGGCUGGCUGUGCUGUACUUUAAAAACGGCAUUGACAGAUACUGGAGGAGAGUGGCCCCUCAUGCAUUAUCAGAAGAGGAGAAGACUUCACUGCGAGCUGGUCUUAUUACAAACUUCAAUGAGCCUGUCAAUCAGAUAGCAACCCAGAUCGCAGUACUGAUAGCCAAGGUGGCCCGUCUGGACUGCCCGAGGCAAUGGCCGGAGCUCAUUCCAAUUCUGAUUGAGUCUGUAAAGGGUCAAGAUGGCCUGCAGCAGCAUAGAGCGCUGCUAACCUUCUAUCAUGUCACCAAAACMCUCGCAUCCAAGCGCCUGGCGCAAGACCGGCGUCUUUUCCAAGAUUUGGCGUCAGGCAUCUACAGCUUUGCAUGCUCUCUGUGGAGUCAUCACACCGACUGCUUCCUUCAACAAGUCUAUGCCAGGGAUGAGGCUGCAGCGCUCAACUCACUGGAGAGGACUCUGCUAUCUCUUAAAGUGCUUCGCAAAUUGACAGUUCAUGGAUUUCAAGAACCGCAGCAAAAUAUGGAAGUAAUGGGUUUCCUGAAUGCUGUGUUUGAAAGGCUAAAACAGUUCUUGGAAUGCUGUCGCCAGGUUGGUCCAGAGAGCACAUGCAGAGAAAAGCUGGAAAAGACAAUCAUACUGUACACUAAAGUUUUGCUGGAUUUCCUGGAGUGCCAUCCAUAUGCAUUUAUCCCCCUAAUUCAGCGCUCCCUGGAGUUUGCCGUUAGCUACAUUUUCACACCUGCCGGAGAGGGCGUGACCUUUGAACGCUUCAUUGUCCAGUGCAUGAAUCUCAUCAAGAUGAUUGUAAAGAAUGAGGCAUACAAACCGGCCAAGAACAUUGAUGACAGUAAACCAGAGAAUAUAGAAGCUCACAAGAUCAAGACAGCCUUCUUUACUCACCCAACACUGACAGAGAUCGGGCGCCGGCUUGUCUCGCACUACUUCCUUCUCACAGAGGAAGAGCUGGCGAUGUGGGAGGAGGACCCUGAGAGUUUUGCUGUUGAAGAAGCUGGUGGUGACUCUUGGAAAUACAGUCUACGGCCUUGUACGGAGGUAUUGUUCCUGGAAAUCUUCCACAAGUACAGCCAAACCCUGACACCAGUUCUAUUGGACAUGGUUCAGAAUCUGCAGGGCCCAACUAAUGUGGAGGACCGUGUUCAGUUGCUAAUGAAGGAUGCAGUUUACAAUGCAGUGGGCUUGGCGGCAUAUGAGCUGUUUGACAACGUGGACUUUGACCAGUGGUUCAAGAAUCAGCUUCUUGGAGAACUGCAAGUCACCCAUCACAGGUACAAGUUGAUACGAAGACGAGUCAUCUGGUUAAUAGGGCAAUGGAUCUCUGUCAAGUUCAAAUCUGACCUUCGACCUUUACUGUACGAGGUGAUCCUGAGCCUCAUGCAGGAUCCUGACCUGGUGGUGCGAAUUGAAACUGCUACAACACUCAAACUGACUGUUGAUGAUUUUGAGUUCCGGACAGAACAAUUCCUUCCAUACUUGGAGUCCAUCUUUGGACUUCUGUUUCAGCUGUUGCAGCAGGUGACAGAAUGUGACACUAAAAUGCAGGUUCUUCAUGUCAUUUCCUGCGUCAUUGAGAGAGUAAACAUCCAGAUCCGACCAUAUGUAGGCUGCCUGGUUCAAUACCUGCCUCUGCUCUGGAAACAAUCAGAGGAACACAACAUGCUUCGAUGUGCCAUACUUACUACACUUAUCCACCUGGUUCAGGGCCUUGGGGCAGAGAGUAAGAACCUUUACCCUUUCCUUCUUCCUGUCAUUCAGCUGAGCACUGAUGUGUCUCAACCACCACAUGUCUAUUUACUAGAGGAUGGACUGGAGCUUUGGUUGGUGACUUUGGAGAACAGCCCAGCCAUCACCCCAGAGCUGCUCAGAAUUUUCCAGAACAUGURAGCUUUGCUGGAGUUGAGCUCCGAGAAUCUUCGUACCUGUUUUCAGAUUGUUAAUGCCUACAUUUACCUGUCUGCCACAGAUUUCCUGCAGAAUUAUGGGGAAUCGUUGUGUCGAUGCUUUUGUGGUCUGCUAAAGGACAUCACAAAUGAAGGACAGGUCCAAGUGCUUAAGGUGGUUGAAAUAGCUUUAAAGGUUAGCCCCAUACUGGGAGCUCACAUGUUUCAGCCCCUUCUGCCAGCUGUCUUCCGAGGUAUAGUGGAUGGCGAGCGAUAUCCGGUGGUGAUGUCCACCUACCUUGGCAUCAUGGGUCGUGUGCUGCUCCAGAAUUCCAGCUUCUUCUCCUCCCUGCUCACACAAAUGGCUUCUGAAUGCAACCAGGAGUGUGAUCCAGGACAAGUUUUGUGGCAUCAUCAACAUUUGUGUUGAAGCGUUGCAUGAUGUGAUGACAGAUGAUUCAGAAACUGGCACUUUUAAAGACUGCAUGCUGAUGAGCCAUUUUGAAGAACCCAAGCUAAGUGAAGAAGAGGAGCCACCAACUGAGCAGGAUAAAAGGAAGAAACUUUUGGCCCUAGAAGACCCGGUGCACAGCGUUUCUCUCCAGAAGUUCGUCUAUGAGAAACUGAAGGCGCAGCAGGCCCUACUGGGGGACCAGGGCUUUGGGGUCCUGAUGGAGACUGUGGACACAGAGCUCGUCAGACAGCUCCAGGAGUUCCUCCAAGGCUUCUGAAGUCCUUCACCACUUCACACAAAUAUGUUUGCCCAACGCAGCGCUCUUCUGCCAUUUUUUUUGUUUAAAUAAACUGAAAACGCUAACGAUCUGCUCGAUGCGUGGACUCCCAACUCAAACGUACCCAACAUCUACCCAUGCUAUGCCUUACCUGUAUCCACACCUAGCCUUGUCCACUGUCCUCAGCUAACACUUUUAUCCACGUUGAUGUUGUCUAAUAUUCUUUACUUCUUUUUGUAAAGGUGGGAUUUCUGUGGGUGUUUAAAAUAUCAACUCACACAAAAAACACUAGCGCUUCCACUUAAUUCUUCCAGUUUCUUAACUUUUCAAAAGUUUGGGUAGAAGGUUAGAGUAUUGUUAUUAACAUUGGAAACAUUGGGGAAUGAAUAUAUUACGAAAAAUAUUCUGCAGGUGCCAGAACAGGAGCCUCGGACGAUUUUCUUUUUUGAAUGAACCAAACGUGCAGAUUGUAGCAGAAACGUGAGAAGAAGAAAGGAAAAAACAAAACUGAAGGACCUAAAGCAGUGUUUACAGAAUUUAUUCGUAAAAGAGCAAAUAGAGUUGUGUAAUUUUUUUAUGUAUGUAAAGUACGGAUGAAAAUCUGCACGAUGAUAUUUUUUUUAUUUUAGUUUUGUUCAAACAAGAGGAAAGUGACUACUGAGUGUAUUUUUUUUUCUUUUUAAAUUGAGUUGGAGUGAAUUAUUGCAGGAUUUUUAAAAUGAUUGACUUGUAAAAGUGCUGAACCACAUUUAUAUGUAUAUACAUACUGCUGCUAAUAGAUGGUGUGUCAGAGCACUUUAAUAACCAAAAACUCUUUUACGUUUUCAUUUUCUCACCUCAGUAUGUCUCAWGGUAAUAAUGGUAGAAAUACAGUAGUACAGAAGUUACAUUUUUUUAUAUGUUGUCAUUUCUUUCAUCUUAAAAUCUUCAAAGGUCAUGUUCAUAUCAGUUAGAUGGACUCAUCUGAUGUGAUGAAUUCUGAAGUGAUAAAUCUGCAGUCACACAGUCAGAGUGUCUUAGAAGGAAAAGCUGUGCAUCACUGCCUUUUCUUUCUUUGUCUCCCAAACCUGUUUUUUUSUGUGGAAAUCAAACUUUGAUGAAUUAGAUUUUAGAGGAAAUUUUCUUUUCUUUAAUAUUGGCACAAUUCAUCAUUCAAUAAGAACAUUUAUUCAAGUGACUUGUGAGACAGUUUGGGUCCACGUUUGAAAUAUUGACUAAAAUAUGUAAAUUAUAGAUUAUAAAACUUUAAAAAAUGGGUUGAAACAGACCCUUCUUUUGGGAUUAAUUGGAUAAUAAAGUUCUCAUUUUCUUAUUUCURUAGUUUAGUCGGCAUCCCUUCUGAUAGACGAUUCUCACUCUUGACACUGUGAUAAGAGUUGAGUAGCAGUUCUAAUUACAGCCUUGUGCUUUCAGCCUUACUUAUCAUUCUUAUUAUUUUUUUACUAAUGCAUUUAGUUCUUAACUGGUUUUGCAGUAAAUGAUUUUUUGUUUCCUUCUAAUUGCAGCAGUUCUAACAAUUGAACACAGCAAACCACUAGAGGGAUGUUUUUGGCUUAUACUGUACAUUUGAUGAAAAAAAAAAACCCUUGUUUUCUUUUCGCCCUCUCUCACUUUCUUUCCAUAGCCUUCAAUAAAAUGCUGUAAUCAGCCAGA